UAUUUAUUAUUAAAAAGUACAAGAAAUCAUUAAAAAAGACAACAUAUAUAUAGGUUCAACAAUGAGCAUUAGAAUAUUUUUCCCACAAAUGAUCAACUAAUGCAUUUCGUAAUGAAAAAUGAGCUUCUUUAUUUUUGAUAAAUGAGCUUCUUUAUUUUUGAUAUUCCUAAAUCGAGCAAGAAAAUUUUGAAAUCGGACAUUUUCAUCUUCUGCAAUUUCGAUAUCUGGAGGUGGAGCUUCUCUUCCAAGUUCAAUUGGUGCAUCAAGUUCACGCUCAUCUUCAGUUAUCAUGUUAUGUAAAAUUAUACAUGUAGUCAUAAUGUCAUGUAACACAUUUUUUUUUCCAAAAACGAACAGGUCCUUUGACAAUAGCAAAGCGCGACUGUAGAACUCCAAAUGCACGUUCAACAUCUUUCCUGCAUGCUUCUUGUUGCGUUGCAAAAUAUUUGUUUUUAGGACUCCUUGGCUCUUGAAUAGUUUGUACUAUGGUCGACCAUUUUGGAUAAAUACCAUCCGCUAAAUAGUAACCCAUAUAAUAUUCUUUGUCUUGAAUAAAAUAAUGAGCAGGAGGAGCAAUACCUUGAGCAAGAUUGGAAAAAAGAUAAGAAGAGUCCAACACGUUGAUAUCGUUAUUAGUGCCUGGUAUUCCGAAAUAUGCAUGCCAUAUCCAAAGAUCAUAAUCUGCGACAGCUUCAAGAAUUAUAGUUGGUGAUCCACUAUGAUUUUAUUCCAUAAUGAUGUUUGGAGUUAAAAAUGGAGUAGGGUUAGAGAUGCCCUUAGACUGGAAAAUUGGGAAAGCUUAUUGAAGUUGACUCAACCAGAGAGUUGGUCUCCAAAUGCAAUGUACAAGGCUACAAACAUGUUUGCCUCCAGCACCAAAGCUGAACGCUUCUAUGAACUUUUUCUUCUUCCUAGGGUCAGAGAGGAUAUCAGAAUCCACAAAAGGCUACAUUUUUGUCUCUACCAAUCUUUGAAAAAGUCACUCUUCAAGCCCAAAGGAUUCUACUGUGGGAUUCUACUUCCCCUCUGUAAGUCUGGAACAUGCACCAUCCCCGAAGCUGUAAUUAUAGGGAGUAUAAUACACAAGUUUUCUAUUCCUGAAAAUUUUUCAAGUGCCGCCUUGUUAUGUUUGGCGGAGAUGGAAUUUCUAGGCACAAGAAGUUACUUCAUGAAAGCUAUCCUGGAGAAGAAAUAUGCGCUGGCUCAUCUGGCCAUUGAUGCGGUCGCUGCUCACUUCUUGAGAUUUCGUAAGGAGACUAAAGUUAUGCCGGUCAUUUGGCACCAAACUCUUCUCGCCUUUGUACAACGGUACAAGCAUGAACUAAGAAAGGAGGAUAAAAAGAGUCUCACAAGUCUACUUGAGAAGCAAAAUCACGAGCUAAUUACUCCUGAAAUUGUGAGAGAGCUUAUUAGUAGCAGAAACCGUGGAGAGAUGGAGGAUAAUUCACAUUCAGCUUCAACGAUCAAAGAAGACUGGUUUGACAUGCCACAAGUUCCAAUGGAAGAAGACUAGUAAAUUAGUAGUUGUGUUAUUAAUCUUGAGUGAACCUCUUUUGUUUUGUGUCUAAAUUACUAUUUAUGCUAUAAGACUUCUGCGGGAUUAUUGACGUUAUAUUUGUGUUUCGGUGAAAGUUGGUCUAGCUGAUUUUACAACGGGGGGUUAUUAAUGGUUUCUCAUUUUGUCACAAAUGUGUUCCAUUUAACCAUUUUGUUUAUUUGGAACGUC